AUGGAAGUCAAUGGUGAACCAGAUAUAGCUGGUAUUUUCAGCGCGGCUUUAAUGCCAUUGAAAGAUAUGAAACAUGCAGAUAUUUUGGACCAGUAUGAAAUGAACAUGGCUGAUGGAAAUAUAACACCUGACGUUCUAAAACAUUUAUCUCAAAGAACUACACAGAACCAUAGAGAUGGUAUAUUUGGUGAAGAGUUUAGAAAGAAAGUUAGGGAGGGCGAAGGAAGAGAACCUAUUGUACAUGACCUUGCAAACGAAAGUUUACAAAAUGUCAUAAAAACUUACUUUGCAGACAAUGAAAUGAGAAGGGAUGAAUAUUUAAGAAAACUCAAAUGGACAGUACCAAAUGAAAUGUUAGUAUUGAAAAACAUGUUCCUUGACAAAAUAAAACCAACUACAGAAAUAAACGACGCAAGACUGAAAGAUUGGGUAAAAGCUUUCCCAUUCACAAAAGAUAUAGUUGGUAACAUGGAAAGAAAACCAGAAUGGCUACAAAAACAUAUAUUUGGAAACGAGCAUAUUCCAUAUGGACAGGCACUGUUUGAAGAGCUUGAACCGGAAACUCAGGAAAGAGUCAUGCAAACAAUACGCGAAGACUCAAAUACAGACUAUGACAAACUCUUUCUAGGAUAUAGGGUACCUGAGAUGGGCGACCAGAGCCCAAAGGCAAAAAGGACAUGGGAAAUUUACAACAUACUAGAUGAACAUAAUGCAAAGAUGCAACAACUUCAAGCAGAGGGCAAUGAAGGAAAAGAAGAGUUAAAAACUCAGUCAGGAAGAAAGUAA